AUACAAAAUCAGAUUUGAAUGCUAUAUUAUUUAUACUGGAGUAUCCACUUUAGGCAAAGUUUAUACUUGACGGGCUUUUAAAUAUGACCCUGAGUCUGAGAAACAUUUAAAAGUCAGUAAGACAGUCAGAGUGUGCACAAGACCAGCCGCAGUGUUUUAACAGAGCAGCAGUUCUUGCUUUGAAGUCCUCUUCCUGUUCAGAGGUGAAGAACAAUAAAUAGACUGAGAGGGCUGUCCACAAAGUCUCACAAAAGACUGAAGCAAGUAAGAAGAGCACAACAUGACUUUGGUACAACUUUGUGCCAUGAAGACGAGCUUGGUGUGCGUUUUCAUUUUCAUUCAGCUAUUUGAAGCCUGUGCAGAGCUGAUCUUCAGGCAGCUGACAGAGAGCCAGACCCUGGAGCUCUCCUGUUCCCCUCAGCAGCGGCACGGCAGCCUGACGGGCCUCCACCUUUACCACCGUAGUGCCCACAGCCAGACGACCCUGCUGUCGAUGGCAAAGGACGGCGAUCCCAGGGUCGACCCAGAGCGCAGGGGUCGUCUGCAGCUUUGUGGAGGACUGGACUCCCUGCAGGUCAACGUGAGCAUAUCCCAUUUAGAGCCCAGUGACACGGGACUCUACAUGUGGGAGCUGAGCUACAGAAAGGGGAACAGCUCUGACCAGGUCGUCCUCGGUGCUCAGAAGGUGUUUUUAUUGGUCGAAGGGACAGGGAGGUCAUGCCAGUGCUCCCUCAGUUACCCUCCGCUGCUGCUGACCAUCUUCACAGCAGCAGGGCUUCUUCUGCUCACACUCAGCUGGCUGGCCGUGGAGAGAUGUGUGAGGGCAAGACAUCAUCACAGACCACAACCUACUGCUCCUAUCUACGAGGAAAUGACCAGGAAGCAGCAGAGUGCUGCAGUCCCCCAAAAUAACCUGGAGUCCCCCUCACACCUGGAGGAAGUCAGCUUCCCCGUGUACGCAAACCCCCACAUCCGACAACCACAGGACAACUACUACGCCUGUCCCAGACAGCUCAUUCUCAGAGCCUGACGCGGCUUCUGGCAUCAGAAGAAAACGCUGCAGCAAACGCGUAGAGGAAAUGACCCCAGCUUGACCACAGAACUCAGAGAGCGAGGAGAGGCGGCUUUAUGUCCGGCAAAUAAAGGGUCUCAGUUUGGUGAAAUACAAUGCAGAGAGACAAACACCAAAUAACCAAAAUGCUCAUUUUUUUUAACAGCCAAGAAAAAAAGCUAUUUUAUUAAUAUUUGAAAGAAGCUCCAUAGUUCAUGAAAACAUUUGUUUCGGUGCAUGUCAUUUAACAAUCACAUUCUAUGAGGAGGAAGAGAUAUACAGAGAGAAAAAAAUAAAACAUUACAAGCCACUGACUUUUCAUUAAAUCUCAGUACAGACAUUUUUACUUAAUAUUUUUUUUUUUAAAAAAAAGGCAAAAAAAAAAAAAAAAAAGCAGCCCUAAUCCCGUGCCCCCCCCCACAAACCCCCCACCCUCCAAGAAAACCACAACAACUGAGAAAAAAACCCCAAAACAAACCCUUGAGGGUGACAGGCUAGAAUCCCACAGUGCUAAAGAGUGAGACGCUCAUUGGUUUUAGGAAUACACAGCAUGGCGAUGUAGCGCUAGGUCAAUCUAAAUCAGGGGAAGGAAGCUGGAGGCGAGGGGGCUCGACCACCUCUCCACCCCUCCUCCUCCUCGCCCCUCCGCCCCCUUUGGAAAAAAAACCAAAAAACAAACAAAAAAAAAAACCCCACAUUGGAUCCCCAAAAACCCCUGCAAUAGAUCAGCCAUGAAGUAGGCCAUAGAAUCCCCGUCUUCCACCCACUCCCGCCCCCACCCCCCCCAACACUUGUGCAUAGUUUCAUGAUCCUUUACAACCAGCUCAUGUUUUACAAACAUCCUCCAAAAUGUGAAAAAUGUUCCACAAAAUUCUGAUUCAUCUAUUAAUAUCAAUAAUAAUAAUAAUAAUACCCGCUGUGGGAGAAUGAGAGAGAGACACAGAGAGAGAGAGAGAGAGAGAGAGAGAGACAGAGAGAGAGAGAGAGAGAGAGAGAGGAAAGAAAGAGUAAUGCACAAUGUUCCUGAUUCAGUCAGGACGGGACCUCAUUAAGAAAACACAAUAAAGAUUCAAACAUACAGCAUUUUGCAUGUUAUUCACGGUCUUUUUCUUUCUUUUUUUAACAAUCAAAAUCAUUGACCAUUUUUUUUUUGUUUUUAAAUGUAAAGCAAUUUUAAUAUAUAGAUUUAUAUAUAAAGCACUCCAUUUUCAUUUAAAGUCCAUUAUUUGGUUAUUAUGUAACUGCUACGGAUUUAGAAACAAAGGUAUUUUCUCUUCUUCUGAAAUCCAUAACUUUCAGUGCUUAGAAUUGUUUCUUCUAAAUCAUCCUUUUUUUUUUUCUUUUACUCAUCAUAAAAAUGUACAUUAAAAUGGCGUGGAGUUGGUACUCUGGAACCCUGGCCUUCCUGAGACAAGAUCCACUUUUUCGUGUGUGUGCAAGAUAGUGAGCAAUCAUGUCUUUUUUUUUUUUCCUUUUCUUUUUCUGUUGUUUUUAUAUAAAGGAAAAAAAAUAUAUAUAAUCAAAAUAAAACAUACAGGCUUCAGAUAGUCCAUGAAAUCAACUUUAACACAGAACAAAGAAGGUUAAACAGAACAAGACAACACUGUUCAAUCCCAGAGUUCUGAAAGUAGCACAAUAAAUCUUCAUUCUGUGAAGUGUUGCACUUUUUUCUUUCUUUUUUCUUUUUUUUUUUAAUGGAAGCAUUUGUCCUUUUUGUUUUUCUUCUUUUUCCAACGUUCCAUUGGUUUAAUUCUUUUGUGUUGCUCAUUUUUUCUGAACUCCAGAAAAAAACAAAGUGUUUGUAAACUGUCAGUGGCCUUGCAGGAAAAUGAAUGACAACAUGAGUGAAUUGAACAUACGUGAAAACAGAACAAAAAGCUAACAAACCAAAAAGGUAGGCACCUCUGAAGUGAGCCCUACAAGCCAAGGCUCAGUCUGAUGUCUCGUCCUUCACUCUCUCCGCUGCUCAGAUUUGGGAGAGCUGAAGUCCUUCUACCCCAAUCUAUGGCCACAGGUCUGCAAAAUACUUUUUUUUUUUUUUUUUGCUGCAUUUUUUUUAUACAUAUGUGAUUUUUUUUUUCAGUUUUCUUGUUUUUUUAGGUUUACAGUCUGAAAAAUGGUGCAAUACUCAAUUAUGAUCCAUACUUUCUUGGAUUAUUCCACAAUGAAAGCCACUAAGGUAGAUAAACAUUACAUUUUAAAAACACACUUAUUUUAGUCCUUGAGUAAACAUUUACACAUGAACUGUCCCCGUCUCCCCUCAGUACUUGUAUCAUGUUGUUCGUUUAGCUGGAUGAGGGGUGAGGCCGACACUCAGUGCAACGCUAGAGGCUAGUAACAAUUAACAUCAGAAUAUAUUUUUGACAAGCAAAAGAAAAAAAACAAACAAACAAAACAACAAAUAAAAUCAACAACCAAAGUAUACUGAAUUGAAAAGAAUCACAAGGCGGAGGUUCCUCCGCUGUAAUCGUGAGCUCUCACACGAAUAUUCACCUCACGCACUAAAACAGUCAUUCGUACAACAUACAGUACAAGCAGCCUUGUGCAAACACUCAAAAUACAACAGAUGUAAAUUUGCCUUUAUAUCGACCUUUGUUUUCAACAACACUCAUAUUUCAAAUUUAAUUCACUCUGAACCAAUGCUAUCAAAAAUCUCUGAAGUGUAUGAAUGAGACAAAAAACCACUACAAAAAGUUUUCACAUUACAUUAUUGGCGCUUCUUUUGAUUCAAGUAUUUGAUUUCAUUAUUUUGUAUUACUCUGAUAUGUUUAUGAUCUUGUCUUCUGGGAAAUAUCAUGUUGAGGAGGAUACACAGGGUUAGGGCUGAAGGCAGGGCAGGGAGGGGGCUUAGGCUAAGUGGAAAACAGAGAGAUCUAGCCAUAUACACACACACACCCAUCGUGUUCUCUUUCUUGUAUACUGUAUAUGAACUAGCAUGUGCAUAUUCAACCCAGGCCUUUGUUUUUAAAGAGAGUUGCUAAUUCAGCUCUUUUUUGGGGCCCCUGCCCCACACCCUUGUCUGAUCCAUGAUUGAGAAGCGUAUUUUGCUCAAGCUCCAGUUGCCUUCAAGUCCAUGUGACUUUUUUUUUCUUUCUUAUUUUUUUAUUUUUUU